AUGAAUGUAGUGGAAUGCGGCGGCGGUGGGGCCUCGGGAGUUUGUCCACCGGCACUGGAGGUCGCCGUUGUAGAUGGCAUGGUGACUACUGGCGAAAAGAAUGCGCUGCAUCGGAGCCCGACGACGGGAGAUCUGUUACCUUGCCACGUUUUUGAAAAAGAGGAGAACUUUUCCGCCAGUAACCUCGUCGACUAUGACUUUGAGUCUACCGAUCACCCGCAGUCUAUCGAUACAUGCUCUCUUACGCCAAUGGAACCCAACAGUUCAAGAUCAAAACGCAUCCGCACAAGUUUUACGCCCCAACAGUUGGCCAUUCUGCAGGCCAGUUUUGAGAAAGAAGCCAAUCCUGACGGACAGGAGCUGGAGCGCAUUGCGCACACUGCAUGUCUCAAGCAGAAUGGACUACCAGAGCAACAGCGUCUAGUGUACGACGCCUAG